AUGUUGCCGGAUUCGGUCGCAUGCGCAUCGCUUUCGCCUUUCAGUGCUAGCAGUCUGAGCCAUUGCGUUCAAAAAGACUUCCAGAGCUGUUUCCACUGGCCAGCCAAACUGGUGUUUAUACUUUGCGAAAAAAUCAAUAUUUCCAGCCUCACCGUUGAAGAAACGUGUCGAUUUCGUGGUACAACGGAGAACUACAUAGUGAUUUUCACGUUCAUCACAAUUUUCCUGCUAUCAGUCAUCGGUAAUGCUCUCGUCAUUGUGGUCAUUAUGCAGCAACGAGCAAUGCGAUCGAUCACCAACAUCUAUCUAAUGAAUCUAGCCAUCACUGAUCUGAUGCUUUCCGUUGUAUGCAUGCCGCCAACACUUUUUUCCAUGGUGAUGAACUGUUGGAUUUUCGGCAACAUUCUUUGCAAAGUGUUCGCUUACCUACAACCGAUGGUUGUGACGGCAUCUGCAUACACAUUGGCGGUGAUUGCAUUUGAACGAUACUACGCUAUAUGUCGCCCGCUACACUCUCGAAUAUGGCAAACCAGGUCACACGCGUACGCGAUGAUCAUGUUGGUGUGGGUGGUGGCGUUGGCAGCAAACGUACUCAUGUUGUUUAUGUAUGAGGAACAAACCUAUAAUGUUAACGGCCUCACAUGUACACCGAUCUACAAACCCGUAUACCAUUUCGCCAAUCAGGUCUACAUGACAAUCGUGUUGUUGGCUGUGCCGUUGGUGACCAUGACGGUUUUGUACGGAUCCGUGAUUCGUACGCUGAAACUAGGAAUUCGACUUGAAGUCGCUGCUGUUGACUCGGUUGAUCAAGAAAACAGCACCGACGAUAUCGAGGAGCCACAACGGAAACAGUCGUUCAUGCAGAAAAUCAAGGCUAAGUUGCGGUCUGGGAAGAAGACCAGCGCUCUUCAAUCAAGGUAA